AUGAAGAAGUUCGGCUUCGGGAAGAAAGGUGGCGAUGGAGAUGAUGACUCGAGCCGGUCUGCUCUCUUCGGUAGCCGAUCCUCGAAGAACUCAUCUCCUGCCCCUGCAGCCUCAAAUCCAUAUGCUCAACCACCACAAGCCGCUGAUCCCUAUGCCCAGGACAACAACAAGUAUGCGAACAUGGGACCGGUAGGGCCUUCGGGAGCAUCGCCAUACCAACAGGCAAGACAAAAUUAUGGUCUGCCCAGUGGCCCUGGGGCUGCUCGUGGAGCACCUACACCUGCCGUUAACCAUGGUCCAUCACCAGGUGGAUAUGCAGCGGAGAAAUAUGGCAGCGGAAGAGGUUAUGGCUCCAAUCGAUAUGAUGGGGCGCCUAUUUAUGGAGCUGGUGGUGAUACCGGAUCAAAAUACGGCCCUGGCGGCUAUGGGGGUCUUGGACGAACCAACAGCAAUGAGACGACGGCCACAGAGGACAACCGCGACGCCCUGUUCGGGGGGGCCAAAGACCGAUACGCUCAGAGGACAAAUCCGCCACCAAGUAAUGGACGGCCAGGGGGUGGCUACACUGCUGAACCAGGCACUUCUAGUCAAGGGGGUGGAUAUGGUGCGUACGGCGAAGAGAGGCAAUUGACGGCGGAGGAGGAGGAGGAGGAAGACGUCGCGGCGACAAAACAGCAAAUUAAAUUUAUGAAACAAGAAGAUGUUUCUUCUACCCGCAAUGCACUGAGAAUUGCCGCCCAAGCCGAAGAGACUGGUCGGGCAACUUUGGCCAGACUUGGUGCCCAAGGAGAACGAAUCCAUAACACCGAGAAAAACCUGGAUCUGGCGGCAAACCAUAACCGCAUAGCGGAGGAGAAGGCAAAGGAGUUGAAGACUCUAAACAAGAGCAUGUUCGCUGUCCAUGUCUCAAACCCAUUCACGGCAUCUUCGCGUCGUGCUACGCGUGAUCAGGAGAUUAUCGAGAAGCAUCGCCAGGAACGCGAAGAGCGGGAUGCUACUCGAGCCGCCGCAUUCGGAACACAGCAGCGUAUGGAGAGAGCCUUCAAGGAAUUGCAACCUGGGGAUGUGGGCUAUCGUGCUCCUCAAACCAAAGCCAGCCUUGCAGAACGGUCGAAAUAUCAAUUCGAGGCCGAUUCUGAGGACGAUGAAAUGGAGAAUGAGAUUGAUAGUAACUUGGAUGCGCUCGGCCAUGCAGCUGGGAGAUUGAAUGCCUUGGCCCGUGCUACAGGGAAGGAGGUCGAUGAGCAGAAUAAACAUAUCGAUGUGAUCAUUCAAAAGAGCGAUCGCGUCGACGAUCAAAUUGCUAUGAAUAGAGCACGUUUGGACCGAAUCCAUUAG